AUGCCUGGGAAGGCGGACACGUCCCCGGGGGCUCCAUUCCCGUUCUUCCGCUCCCCGUGUCCCACGCCCCGACGGGAAGCGCUGCCGCUGCGUGUCCGCACCCCUGCGCGGGGGGAUGAGGAAAUUGCCAGCGCCAGCAGCGGGGCGGCCCCCGGCCCUUCCCCUCGGGGGUGAUGCUCGCUGUACCCCCGCCCGGGCGAUGCGCACCGCGGUCGGAGCAGGGCAGCGGGGCGGUGCCGGUGCCCAGGGCGGGUCCCGGGGCUGGGCGAGGCGGAGCCCGUCGGGCAGCGAGGCCGGUCCCAUGGGAGCCCGGCGGGCCGCUGGAUGCCCAUGGCUUUCAGCCCGGGGCUGCUGGUGGUGGCAGGUUCCUUCGCCGCUUUCCGCCUGUUGAACCGGGGGCUGGAGCGGCUCGUGCCGCCGCCGCCCUCGGCCCGACGCAACCGCUGGAAGUGGCGCAACAUCUGGACAUCGCUGGCACACAGCGUGCUCAGCGGCGGCGGGGCGCUGGCCGGGUUCUACCUCCACCCCGAGCUGUCCAACGACUUGGUGGGCACACACCCACCCGGGGCUCACAGCCUGGUCGCCGUGUCUGUAGGCUAUUUCCUCGAAGACUUUGUGGACAUGUUGUGCAAUCAGAAACUUCAUCAGUCCUGGGAGCUGCUCUUUCAUCACUCUGUGGUGAUCAUCUGCUUUGGUAUUGCCGUGCUGCUCCACCAGUAUGUUGGCUUUGCCCUGGUGGCUUUACUGGUGGAGAUCAACUCCAUUUUCCUCCACCUGCGGCAGAUCCUGCUCAUGGCCAACCUGGUGCACACCACCUGCUACCGCCUCAACAGCCUCAUCAACCUGGGCACCUACGUGGUGUUCCGCAUCGCCACGCUGGCCUGGAUGACCCGCUGGCUCUUCCUCAAUCGCCACAACGUGCCCCCAGCCACCUACGCUGUGGGCACGAUGGGCAUGGCAAUCAUGACACCCAUGAACAUCAUCCUCUUCUACCGCCUGCUGCGGAGUGAUUUCUUCAAAUGCAGACGGGACGUGCGGCGGGAGAAGGAGGAAUAGCCCCCUCCCCUGUGAGGGGGGCAGUUCCAAGCCCAUGGAGCAAGUGGAGGGUGAACGUGGCUGUUUCAGUACCUUCAGGGAGGGGCUGCACUAACAGAGCAUCCAGGCUUUUCUUGUGGCUCAAGGUCCUGGGCCCUGCACAGGAGAGGAGGUGCUCAUGUACCAGGCACUGUGGCUCUGCUCCCCAAACGCUUUUGGAUGAUGUGGUUGGACAAUUGGGAGCUGCUCAGAGAAGCCUCAACAGCUCUCACAGCUCCCUGAGGCACCACUGAGACGAGAAGGGAGCAGAGUAGCACUGCUCUUCCAGACAUCCCGACACCACAGGGUGUUUCCAACCCCUUUGGUGCUGCAGCC